AUGUUCUCUUCAGGCGAAGUUGCUCGCCGCAGAGCGGCGGGCGAAACCGCGGCGCCUGCGCGGGCGAAGCCGGCCCCCAGGCCGGGCCGCGCCAGCCAGGAUUGGAAGAAUAUCAAGACUAACGGCAAGCAGGAGCUCCAGCGCAGGCCGCCCGCGACCAUCGCCAAGCUCCCCCCCCGGCGAGGCGCGCCAGAACGCCGCGGCGAGGUCGGGUCCUCCCUGGCCACCGUGGCGUUCUCGGCGACCGCCAAGACCCUCACCGUCGCGCGCCUCCUGCGGCUCUUCCGCUUCACCAGAAUCUUCCGGGUCAUCCGGGUGAUACGAUUCCUUCAGAACUUCCGGAUCAUGAUCUACGCUAUUGUGCAGUCCUUUGGCACUCUUGUGUGGGUCUUUGUGGUCCUCAUCUUCUUCAAGUUUUUCUUCGCAAUGAUAUUCAUGAAUGGUGCGACCGACUAUUUCAGCCGAGACGAGGCCGAUUUUGACGACAUGGCGCCCAAGAUCGAGGAGCUGUUCGGCGAUUUACCUUACUCCCUGCUGACGCUUUUCGAGGCGAUCACCGGAGGGCGCGACUGGCACGAGGUGGUGCCCGUCCUGCUGGCAAUCCACCCGACCUACGUCAUUGUGUUCAUCACCUACAUCUUCUUCAUGGUGUUCCUCGUCCUGAACGUCGUGGUCGGAGGCGUCGUCAAGACCACUUCCGAGGUCUACAAGCGGGACAAGCAGUUGAUCGUAGAGGAAGAGCAGGAGAGACUCCGGAGGUAUUGCGAAGAGAUCAAGGGAUUCUUCCGACAGGCCGACCUGGACAACUCCGGCACCCUGAGCUGGGAGGAGUUCUACGAGUACCUGCACGACGACAAGAUCAAGGCCUACUUCCAGACGCUGGAGCUCGACAUCUCGCAGGCGCAUGUGCUCUUCAUGCUCCUCGAUUCGGACGAGAGUAACGAGGUGGCCAUCGACGAGUUCGUGGACGGCUGCAUGCGCCUCAAGGGCCAGGCACGAAGUAUCGACGUCAACUUUCUGCUUUACGAGGUCGAGAAGACGCUGGUCAAAGUGGAGGGCUUCUCCCAGAGCGUGGAUGAGAACGUGGAGAAGAUUCAGGAGUACAUGCGUGCUCAGAACCCUUCCGUGGCGGUAUCGUUGACACCAAAGUCACCCAAUGCGCCGACCUCGACAAGGAGGGACGCGGUGUCGGUGUCCAAGGCGAGAAUGUCCUGCAGAGGGACGCCUUCAGGGUGGGUUUCGCCGUAG